AUGGUAUACAAUUUGAUGUCUUUUGCAGAAGUCCAUUUGGAGGGAAAUAGUUUUAUUGAAGGUGAGCUCAAGGUGCCAAAGUGGGUGGCGGUAGAAAUUGCGCGCAAGCACAAAAGAAAACAUUUUGGUAGUCAGGACCGCAGCAACUGUUCGUAUGUAGAGUCUGAGUACACACAGACGAUUUUUCGACCGUCACUCAAACUUAACGCGUGGGCUACUUUCAUUUCUCCUGCAUAUCGUGAACUGGAGCUCGUGGUUGACUUGCAGUGGCCAGCCAAUGUAUAA